AUGCCUAGUGCUGUCCUCGAUAUAUUACAAGACCUCGUGCAUGACCAUCUUUGCGCUCGCCUAACACUGCAGGCCAGACGAGUGCGCAUGCCGAGUUACUUGACUCUCAUACGAUACUACGGGACAGUACAACUAAUGCUCAAAGUACGACGUUGGGGCAUCCAAGUGUGGCAAGGCUUCUCGCUAUUGGUCCGAAAGCACUAUCGUGGUCCUGACACUAAUCGCCGCCUACCGCCUGGCAGUCAGAUUGCUAUGACGGCCGCCACAGGUGGAAUCUGCGCAAGAACUGGGCGGCUAGAGGUGUCCCCCGUAGGAUUUUGGAUACAGUGUAUCGAGUCUGACUGCUGGGACCUUCAAGGCCCACACAAGCCCUCGAAGAGGGGAAGAGACGGCGUCGCGCAUCAGAAAAAUAGCCGAAUCCUUGUGCAGACUCUCUCACCCGUGUUCGAACCUCCACACGAUGCGCGAGAGACGCAACGACUUCACGAGGAUGACAAAUUCAGUAAAUGGCUGGCUCUUGUUCGGGACGACAGCCGCUUCUAUCUCGAGGAGUACGAUCGCAUUUCGCAACUGCUCCCUUCGAAACAUCAACUCGCAGUGCAUAGCCGGCUGCGGCCCCAGAUUAUUUCCUUCGUUGGAGUCACGAAUGCUGGUAAGUCUACGAUCGUCAAAUUGCUCAUCCACAGCGGUGCUGGAGUUGGUGGUCCCUCCGCAGGGAGUUUCGCCUCCCCUGUAGCUGGUGGUCCCAGUCAUGACACGCAGCCAACUACUGGAGACGUGCAUCUCUAUGCAGACCCUGCGACGAGUGAGACGACACUUCCGAUGCUCUUCGCCGACUGUGAAGGAUUUGAGGGUGGUGAGCGGCCGCCGCUGGGAGCACGAAGUCGUGCGUGCGAAGACACAGUCGCCAACGACAACCCGUGGGGCCCGCAGCGUGUGCACGAUAUCCGUUGGACAGACACAGGAAAAUACCAAGGCCGCGAAGGUGUCGUGGCCUCCCUCUUCCCACGCAUACUUUAUACCUUCUCGAGCUGUGUGGUGUUUGUUCUUCGGAACCCAAAGACAUUCCAGUCGGCUGUUCUGACGAAACUACUUGACUGGGGUGCCGCGGCGCUUGAGCGGUCCGUCAAUCAACCGACGCUGCCUCACUGUGUUGUCAUUUUGAACGCAGCGGACCCAGGCCUAGACGAUGCCGAAUGGGAGGUCAAUGCAGCGACACAGACACUGUUGGACUCGCUUCAUCACGCUGAUCCUUCCUGUCGAAGAGUGAAAGACCACUGGUCGAGAUUAGGAUAUGAGGUGAAGACCACCAAAGAUCUCCUGCUGCGAUACUAUGCAUCCUUUGCAGCCAUCCGCAUGCCGACUAAACCCAGCUAUGAGCGUAUGGAUGGACAAAUACACCGACUUCGUCGGCUCCUGCGUGCGGGCUGUCAGCAGGCCGCAAUCGCACGCCACAACGCUGGCGUUACAAUGUCAGCGGCCGAAUUCAAGACCUACUUGUCCCACGGCCUUGAUCACUUCACGAACCACCUCUUUAAGCCAUUCGACUUUCUCCGGAUCGAUCUGAUUCGCUCUGCUGCGCCCAUCACAUUCCAAGACCACGUUCUGCAGCUAUGCAUCGUCGUGAGCUCAGCCAUGCGGGCGCAAGCACUGACCAGCGAGUCCAAGAUCAUUCGCACGUUGGAGAACCUCAGUCCUGUCUUGGCUUCUUGCAUUCUUCUGGACCAGAAGCGGGCGCAAGAAACCGGGGCUCACAGGGAGGCCCGAGAUUAUUUGCCGCCACUAACGCGAGCAGUGGAGGUCUUCUUUCAGGAACAUUACCCCUGCUGGUAUCGAUCGUCCGAUAGGAGGCGCUCCUGCAAGUUGGUGCGCGCUCGUCAUUCAUCCAAAGGCCACCAAGACGAUGCCGGCAUCUUCGCCGCGGGUGAAUUCGUGAGCGACAUACUGAUCUCCUGGCCAGCUCAGUGGGCGUCACACAUUUUCAACACGUCUGCAGUACGCACAAUACGACAUGAACUCGACAUUCGACGAGUGCGAGGAUUGACGGAGCGGGAUGCCAUUGUCGAUCUGCAUCUCGACCGCCUCAAUUCAUUCCACGAGAAUGUUUGUCCAGCAUCAGAUGUCACGAGUCACGCAAUAUGCUUAUGCUGCAAUCUGGGAGCCGCCGAGUAUCCUCUUCCUUGCGGACACGUCCUGUGUGGUACCUGCAUCCGUGAAGUCGGUGAAAGCAACGGCUCGGCGGUGUUGAUGCGGUGCUGCCCCUUGCAUCGAGAGUCUACUCGUUGGCGAGACGCGACAAUCGUCCGGUUUCUGCCCGCGGGCGUGGCACCCCGCGUCCUACUCCUAGAAGCCUGCGGCGUACGAGCAAUCGUGCAGCUUGUGAUACUGUGUAUGAUCGAGGAAGAGCUCGAGCGGCUAGGGGGCCUCCUUAGCAUUCGCACCUGCUUCGACCUGAUCUUGGGCGCUGGCACGGGUGGCCUGGUUGCCGUCGUGAUGUCACGGGCAAAUCCAUCGUUGCGCGAAAGCUGCGAGUUCUUCCAGAUGCUCUGUGCAAUCUUGCCGCGUCACCAACGCUCUUGGACCCGCCUCCUUCGGAUGCAGAGAGCACGAGACGACCGCUGGAUCGAUGUGCUGAAGACUGCAUUUCAAAUCGACCAGACUUUCUUCCCGCCAUCCCCGCGAACACCCGCCUUCCACGCGCGAACGGCGCUCGUGUGUCAAGAUAGCGCGCAGAAGGAGAGCGUCUUACUCGCGAACUACAGACGGCAGGAGGAUUCAAAGCCACUCUAUCGCUUGGAGCGGCCCGCCAAACCCUGCGACGAGCUUAAGGUCUGGCAGGUUGCUGCAAUCACAUUGUCUAGCCAGGCACAGCGUUCUCUAGGAUCCAGCUAUGUGGGCGGACUAUUGGAUCAGGAUCUGACUAAAGUCGCGGAGCGAGAGUGUGAGCUGCUCUUUCCUGGAGCUAGCGGCGCCAGCUUGUUGCUAUCCAUCGGCCCUGGUCUCGAAAACAGCAAAGCCGCUCAGGCCGACAGACAUGAGUGGCACGAGCGGAGCACGGGUUCCGAGCGUUCGAAUGCUGAACGACGCUUCCGUGUGAACCCGAUCAUAGGCUCUCGCCUGCCGCCGCAUCGAUAUGACCAGUUCGACCAAAUCUACCAGCAAUUGCAGGAUUGCAUCGGCGAACGAGCCAACGCAUCGCAGACUCUAGAGGGACGGAAUCUGACAGUCCUCUUGCGGCAUGUGGCAUACAAUUUGGUGGCAUCAAGCUUUUAUUUAGUUUUUCACAAGUGCCGGCGAGGACCCACAGGCGGAGCCAUUUUGGAAGGUUGCAUCGUAUGCCGAUACGAACAUGGCAGCCACGAACAGCAGGCGCUGGGGCGCAUCAUCGCCGAGCGGCAAACGGAAGAAUUCAGACCCCGCUUCACGGUUCAAAGUCGCCCAGAUAUACAGCAGGAAUCGAUCACGGAGGUGCAAUUCCACGAAAGAUUGGAAGAACUCGAGCCGCUUGCUUUCUCAGUCUGGCUUGAACGCCCGUCAGAUGACGUGGAGUGUCGUCUUCUGCUCGAGCUUGACAACAAGAUUGCCCCCAUGGGCCAUCUCGUCUCCUUAAGCGACUGGAAACAGCAGGUUGGCUGCGAGCAGCCGGACGGCACAGCCAGCGACCCUUAUGGGUCCUCACAACAAGGCCAGGGCCAUGACUCGGCAAGCACGGACGGUCUUGCAGAGCUGCCCGCCACAGAAGCUAGGACAAAAAGUGACACAGAAGAGGAGGAAGGACUGAUUAGUUUCAUCACGGAUCUGUUGUUUCCCAAUACAGCAGGGCGUGGGGACGAUGAGCAGUGA